AUGCCGAGUACGAAGUGCGCACGGACCCCAUUAUAUGCACACUUUUACUCACACAUACAAUUGGAAGAUCCCAGCAAUGAUAAUCUUUCUGAAGAACAACCUGGGAGUAGCACCAAUGAUCAAAAGAAGGAGUGGUAUCCAUAUAAAUCAAAAUUGGUACUGAACACAGACUGGGGAAAUCCUCUCACUAGACCUCACAUUCAUGUGUAUCCCAAAAGGUCUGAUGGUAUUGUCAGUGAGGUCUGGCAUGGUAAAAAGUGGAACUCAGAAAUGGAUCUCGAUGCCCUCAGCCCAAUGUGGGAUGCGGGGCAAGGUCGCCACUUUUAUGUUCAAGAACUGGCGCGUCUGUCCAGCAGAGAGUAUGUGAUCCCGGUUCGGUGGUUCACCAAAUGUGGAGUAGUACAUGCAGAUGCUUUCAAAGUUGAGAUCACUGAGAGUUGCAGCUUAAUCUAUUUGAUCUAUGUGCAAAAGGACUGGUUCCUGACUUAUGGGAUGAGUAUGCUACCACAAAGGGAUAUCCUCAAGGCAUGCCCAAUCCAAUUCGAGACUUGGGAUUUCAAGAAAGUCUUGGAGUCUACUCACAACAAUCCCAUCAAGGUUAUGGAUGCUUCUACUAAGCAGGUAGCACAAAUUCGUUUGUUUGGUAACAGCAAGCCAUUGGAUAACCCUAUGCAGAGCUGCCAAUUCAAGACAGUUAUACAAACUGCUGUCUUCCAUGUAUAUGAUCUUGUUGGCCCCUUCGAGUUUCGCAUUUGGAAGUCUGUCGGUGACCUAGCAGUGCUGGUAUGGUUUCCCGAGAUAUUCAAUCUCACUGAAUACAUUGGUGACUUGAAGAUAGCAGUCGGUAAUGUGCUUGAUGUAUUCUCAGAGCAAGAUCCAUCAAAAAUAACAAAAAAAAUCAAACUUCACUUACUCAACCACACGGAUGAGGACAUCAAACGCUUUGGCCCACUCAUCAGGAAGGUUUCAAACAGCAUGUCACUAGUGGUUGGUGGCACAACAAUAAUCUCGGCUGGGUUCAAGCAGGACCUGGAAGUGAUAGUCAUUGGUCAGGUCAAUGAGAUUCUCAUGCAAGCAGGAGAACAAGAGCCCCUUGUGGUUCUAGAUGUUUUUGAAAUAUCAAAGAAGCAGCAUGAAAUAUUUACUAUGCCAUUUGUUGAAUGUAGGCAGGGGGAGAUGUUAUUACUUAUUGUCAAGGCCUCGGGACACCAGCCGAGUCCGUUAGGGCAUUACAUCCGGGGACAGAAGGCUUCAACAUGUGGUUUCUGGGUGGACGACAUACUUAUUCCUGCUAAUAAACGUAAUGAGGCUACACAAAGGCACGGCCAAGCAGCACCACAUGUGGCGGCUAUGCGUGUUGGCAGAUCUGGCUGCCACCCGAGCACCAAUUGGCGGUGUAGGCACUUGAGUGGUGCACGUGACACAUGGUUGGUUCUCCUCGCUACACCGCCAAUUGGCGCUCAGCUGGCCACGAUCUGGACCCAAAAUAUGGAGCCCAUCCCAACACCACAUCUAUAUCGGGUCACAGCCAGAUCAGAUCCAGAUGGCGGCGAUGUCUGGCCACCACAUCUUCCCCAGACAAUAAUUGCAUUCAUUGCACUGGCAGGCAUCAUGGUCAUGGACCUGAGAUCAUCCCGAUGGCUGAGGGGUGUGUGGUUAAUAGCAGGAGGCCAGAGAUACUCAGUCUUCACACAACAUAACUACUUUGCGUGUCCAGUUCAUUUCUUCGUGAAUACGCCUGUUGAUAAUCUGGAAAACCUCGAGAACCCUGCCGAUCCUGACUGUGAUGGACCUGAAAGCGCGAGCUCUCGUGGUUCACAGCCCAUAUAUAGCAUCCUCAAAAGCAGGGUUGUACAGGCAGUUGGCGACAGCGCUGCUGGCCCGGGGCCGCUAAAAGGAACUAAUGUAUAUAUCGUAUAUCUUAUUGCUGUCGACCAUGGGCAUCACUACCGAGAUUUGAAAUGA